AUGGUUAUGGCAACGGUUGUCCUCGAGCACUAUGCCCCAGCAAUCAAUCAUGUUCCAUUGAAACAUUUCGAUGUCUCCGACGAUGACCGUCACCAUGGAGCCAUGCUCUCCAAGCAAUUCAUCGGGGAGGCCAUGCGCCAGCGUAUUGGCGAUAUCGACCACGAGCGCUGUGACCCCGGCGAUGAGGACCCCUUCUUCGUCGCUGAUCUCGGCGAGGUCUACCGCCAGUACCAACGCUGGAAGUUGAACCUGCCCCGCAUCCGCCCAUUCUACGCCGUCAAGUGCAACCCUGACCCUCAAGUCCUAAAGCUCCUUUGUGACUUGGGCACCGGGUUUGACUGCGCCUCCAAGGCCGAAGUCGACCAGGUUUUGGCCAUGGGUCUGGACCCCGAUAGGAUCAUCUACGCUCAGCCCUGCAAGACCGCCUCCUACCUUCGCCAUGUGAAGGCCUCUGGUGUCAAGCAGAUGACCUUUGACAAUGGCGAUGAGCUACGCAAGAUUGCUAGGCUCUACCCCGACGCCCAACUUUACCUCCGCAUCAUGACGGAUGACACUUCGAGCCAGUGUCGCCUGAGCAUGAAGUUUGGCGCCCCCAUGGACACCACCGAUAGCCUACUCUCACUUGCCCGUGAUCUCGGCCUUGAUGUUGUCGGCGUUAGCUUCCACGUUGGCUCCGGUGCUUCGGAUCCCAUGGCGUUCCUCAAGGCCGUCCGCGAUUCUCACAUCGUCUUUGAGCAGGCUCGCGAGUACGGCUACGAUUUGCGCACCCUCGAUGUUGGUGGCGGCUUUACUGGCGAGACCUUUGAGGACAUGGCCGUCGUUCUCACCGCCGCCCUUGACCAGUACUUUCCCCCUUCCCGCAACGUCGACAUUAUCGCCGAGCCCGGUCGCUUUUUCGUGUCCUCUGCCUUCACCAUUGCCUGCCACGUCAUUGCUCGCCGCAUUGUUGAGGAUCCCUCCAUGGCCGAGACUAGCUACAUGCUCUAUGUCAACGAUGGCGUCUACGGAAACUUUUCCUGCAUCAUGUUUGACCAUUACAACCCCAUUGCCAAGGUCCUUCGGGCCGGCACCAAGUUGUACUACAACAAACCUGGAGCCGGCUCUUCCAUUGCCGGAGAAGGCACCCAAUACUCUAUCUGGGGCCCUACCUGCGACGGCAUCGAUCGCAUUACGGAGAGCAUCCGUUUCGACCAGACCCUCGACGCCGGCGAUUGGAUCUACUUUGAGAAUAUGGGCGCUUACACCAAGUGUUCUGCUACUCGCUUCAACGGCUUUUCUGACAACCAUGACGUUGUGUAUGUUUGCAGCGAGCCCGGUGCCAAGGCCCUCAUGACCAGGAGCAAGUGA